GUCUGCAUCUCUAGCCCUGAGCUCGUUGUGUCGCCGGUGUCUAAGUCGCUGACUCGUUAUGUUUCGUAAGGUACGGCGGGUUAAUGUGAGGAAACGCAAUGAUUCCGAGGAUGAAGAACGGGACGUCGAACAUAUGAUGUCUGCGGCGGAGGCUGAGCUUUUCCUACCAGAGUCCCCGGAACAAUACUUCGAAUCCUUGGGCCUUUCGCAACUCGAUAAUGGGCAGAUUCCGUAUCCAGCAACGAAAAUUAAUCGAGAGAAUAAACCGAUUGUGCCCAAGGCCAGUCUGCUCAGCUUCCAAGACGAGGAGGAAGAAGAAGAAGAAGUUUUUAAAGUAAAGAAAUCCAGUUACAGUAAAAAAAUAGUUAAACUUCUUAAAAAGGAGUAUAAAGAAGAUCUGGAAAAAACAAAGCCACUGUUUGAUGCCAUUCCUGGGUUAGAUGGGGACAACUUUUCUAGCAAACUGCUCACCAUCAAAGAUGAGUUUCCUGAGGAGAACACAAAUAACAGUGACCAUGGUGAAGCAGAGAUGGAAGUGGAAAGUGAAAAAGAAGAGGAGAAGCCCAAGGCUGCCUCCUUUACAAAUUCUCUGUCCUCAUUAAAUGUUCUCCGUCCAGGAGAGAUCCCAGAUGCAGCCUUCAUCCAUGCAGCACGUAAAAAGAGACAAAUGGCCCGUGAACUUGGAGACCUCCCGGGUUCUGAAGCAGAGGGAGGUAAAAGCCGAUUGGUUCGGGAAGAUGAAAAUGAUGCCAGUGAUGAUGACGACGACGAUGAAAAGAGACGUAUAGUCUUUUCAGUUAGAGAGAAAUCACAGAGACAAAAGAUAGCUGAAGAAAUUGGUAUUGAAAAUAGCGAUGAUGAGGCUUUAGGAACAGGGGAACAAGAUGAAGAGAUCAGCCGAUGGGAACAAGAACAGAUAAGAAAAGGCAUUAGUAUACCACAGGUUCAAGCUCCUCCUCCACCAGAAGCAAACAAUAUGUUUUACCAGACUACUUAUCAGGGAAUUCCUUACGGCUCUUCAUAUGUGUCUUACAAUUACGCUGCUUAUGGAUCUGCUGAUACAAAAUCUCAAAAAACAGAUAAUUCUGUCCCUUUCAAAACUCCCAGUAAUGAGAUGACUCCUGUUUCUAUUGAUUUGGUAAAGAAACAGCUUAAAGACAGGUUGGAUGCAAUGAAAGAAACUCACAAGAACAACCUUGAACAAUGUGAGAAACACCAGCAAAGCAGAGAAGACUCUACAAAUACCAUAAGUCGAUUGGAAGGCUCCUCUAAGGGUAAUGGUGAACGCUACCAAUUUUUACAAGAAAUGCGAGGGUAUGUCCAAGACUUGCUUGAGUGUUUCCGUGAAAAGGUACCUCUGAUAAACGAGCUUGAAUCUGCUAUGCACCAGCUGUACAAACAGCGAGCUGACCGCCUUGUCCAAAGACGACAAGAUGAUAUUAAAGAUGAAUCUUCGGAGUUUUCGAGCCAUUCAAGUAAAGCUGUAAUGGCACCGAAUCUAGACAAUUUUGGGAGAGACAGAGUACAAUACCAAGAGCACACAAAACAAAGGAGGAUUGCAGAGAGAGAAGCAAGGAGAGCACGUCGCAGGCAAGCCAGGGAGAUUACUGAUAAGAUGACUGAGCACCUUGAGGGCAUUUCAAGUGAUGAUGAAGAAACAUCCACUGAUAUUACAAAUUUCAACAUGGAAAAAGAUCGGAUUUUGAAAGAAUCAAGUAACAUUUUUGAUGAUACUUUGGAAAGUUUUCACUCAAUUGACUGCAUUAAAGAUCAGUUUGAGACCUGGCGUUCAACCUAUUAUAGCACCUAUAAAGAUGCAUAUAUUGGUCUGUGUUUGCCUAAGCUUUUAAAUCCUUUAAUAAGACUACAGCUUAUAGCUUGGAAUCCAUUAGAGCCAAAAUCUUCUGACUUUGAAAGUAUGAUGUGGUUUGAAUCGUUGCUCUUUUAUGGUUGUGAGGAAAAAGAGUACGACCAGGAAGAUACAGACAUAGCAUUAUUACCAUCUAUUGUAGAAAAAAUGAUUCUUCCCAAAUUAACAGGAAUUGCUGAAAAUAUGUGGGAUCCUUUCUCGUCAACACAGACAAACAGAUUUAAGGUCAUUGUGCAGAAACUAAUAAAUGGAUACCCAACAGUUGUAAAUUCAGAAAACAAAAACACUGAGGCAUUAUUAAAGGCUAUUUUGACGAGAAUGAGAAGAACAUUGGAUGACGAUGUUUUUAUGCCAUUAUAUCCCAAACCCCUUAUAGAAAACAGGAAUUCUGGACCCUGUGUCUUUUUCCAACGCCAAUUCUGGUCUUCGGUUAAGGUAAUAAAGCUUAAAAAAGCUGCUUAGUUUAGUUUACGUGGCUAUGAAACCCAAAAUUUCUUUCAUAACAAGAAAAUUGG